AUGCAGAAUAUCAAUACAAAAUCGUAUCGAGUUUUAUUAAAUAUUGAAGAUUAUCAUCAACGAGCAAAAGAAAAAUUAUCACAAAUGGCAUAUGAUUAUUAUAGUUCUGGUUCAGAUGAUCAAAUAACCUUGGCUGAUAAUCAAGAAGCUUUUCGUCGAAUAAAAUUACGACCAAAAAUACUUAUUGAUGUUUCAGAAAAUUUAACAGCAAAUUCUAUAAGUUGUAAAACUCAAAUUUUAAAUUCAACAACUACAAUUUCAUUUCCAUUUAUUAUUGCUCCAACAGCUUUUCAUCGUUUAGCCAAUGAUGAACAUGGUGAAUUAGCAACUGUUCGAGCUGCUGUUGCUUGUUCAACCAUUAUGUGUGUCAGUACUAUGGCAACAAUACAUAUGGAAGCAAUUGCUAAUGAACAUCAACGUUACAUUAAAGAAAAAUUUCCUCAAAGUCAGUCACAACUCUGGUAUCAACUUUAUGUAUUUCAAAAUCGUCAGUUUACACAGAAAUUAAUUGAACAAGCUGAGCGAUGCGGUUACAAAGCUCUAGUUCUUACAGUAGAUUCCUGUGCAGCAGGUAAUAGAGAACCUAGUAUUCACAGUAAUUUUUCUUUGCCUGAUGGUAUUCGUGCUGAAAAUCUUAUUGAUGUUAAUAAUAAUGAAUUCGGUAAAAAAUUUCGUGAAUUACCGCGUGAUUCAGCACUGUCAUGGAAAGAUCUUGAUUGGAUACGUUCAAUCACAUCAUUACCUCUUAUUCUCAAAGGUAUUAUGCAUCCAGAUGACGCUAUUACAGCUCUUAAACAUGGUAUACAAGGCAUUAUUGUAUCAAAUCAUGGUGGACGACAAUUAGAUUCAAGUUUAAGUACAAUUGAUGCUCUAUCCGAUAUUAUAAAGGCUAUUGGACAUAAUCAACAAAUAGAUAUUUAUGUUGAUGGUGGUGUACGACGAGGAACAGAUAUUUUGAAAGCAAUAGCAUUAGGAGCAAAAGCAGUACUUAUUGGACGACCAAUAAUAUGGGGUUUGGCUGUAGAUGGAGAACAAGGUGUGAGAAAUAUUUUAGAAAUAUUAAAAAAGGAAUUAAACUUAGCUAUGAUGUUAUGUGGAUGUCAAACAAUUGCAGAUAUUAAAAAAAAUAAUCUAUUAGUUAUGAAUGACAAUAUCAACCGAUCAAAAUUAUAA